AUGUUGGAUCUGGAUGAUAUGAGGAAGCGGUAUAGAGAGCUGAGCAGUGUUGAAGAUAGUAAAGGGAAGAUUAUUGAGGAGCUAUUCUCUCAAGUUGAGGAGCUGCAGAAAGAUCUCACAAAAGCCCAUGAUGAGCUCGACAACUAUAAGGAGCUCGCUGCGAUGUUCAAGGAUAAGUCAAACAAAGACAAAGAGGCAUUGGAGAUGAAGAACCGUGAUCAUGCUAGACUGAGCUUUGUAUCUGUCCUUGUUGAUGGCGACUGUAUGAAUUUUCAAGAUAAUCUCAUCCAAAGUGGAUAUGACGGCGGUCAAAAAGCUGUACAGCUUCUGAGGAAAGCGGUCGAGGACUACCUAUUUCAACUUGACCCCGACCCCAGGAUCCAGUGUAAAAUUCGUGUAUAUGCCAAUGUGAGCGGCCUGUCAAAGACGUAUCGUGAAACGAACAUUGCCCCUAUCGACGGGACCCUAGAGGCGUUUAUCCAGGGAUUCAACAUGGAAAACGGGCUAUGUGACUUCGUGGACGCCGGAAACGGAAAAGAAUGCUCUGACGUGAAAUUACGAGCCCUAUUUGAGCAAGAUAUCCUCGAUGUUCAUUGUCAGCGUGUUAUAUUCUGCGCGUCUGCGGACAAUGGAUAUGCACGCGUGCUGGGACCACAUCGAGAGUCCCACCGUAUCUCCCUCGUCGAAGGGCCUUCCUUCGCGCGUGAAAUGAAAGAGUUAGCAGCGCAUUUUGAAACCACAAGCUUCCCAGACAUUUUCCGGUCCACAAAAAUAAUCUCCAGGAGAGUAUCAUUCAGCAAUGUCACUCCGCCGAGGACACCCCCUCAGAACUACGCUUCUGCAGUGAAAACGUCACCACCUCGGUCGCAAUCAACGUCGGAUGUGAAUCGACGAUCGCCUUCACCCCUUACUUCAGCUCGAAUCUCUAAUAGAAAUCGCAGUCCCAUCCGGUUAGCGGUGUGCAAGAAUGCGGCAGGCCAGCGUGUUGAUCCCCCCUUGCGGUAUUCCACCAAGGAGAACGUGGAUUCUUUGAAACAACGCAAGUUGUGCAACCCUUAUCAUAUUGUGGGCUCAUGUCCCUACGGGGAAAACUGUAACCAUGAUCAUGAGUCCCGGCUUCGGCCUCAGCAGGUAGAAGAUUUGAGGUAUAUUGCUAGGUUGAGAGUCUGUCCGAGAGGCGUGUGGUGUGCGGAGGAAAGCUGUGUUUGCGGUCAUCGGUGCCCUAGGGAGAAUUGCCUGGGUCCUGGGUAUAACGGGUGCAAGUUUCCCAAAAUCAUGCAUGGAGUUGAUUCUUCAAUUGUGGCUACUACUUUGUGA